CACACAGUUUCUAGAAUCUAGAUCACCAGAGUUCUAUCGCAAAGGCAUAAAUGACCUUCCCAUUAGAUGGCAGCAAUGUAUAGAUAAUACUCGUAGAUAAUAAUAAUAAAUAAAUGAGAAAAAAAAAACAAUUUUCUACUUACCAGUACAAAUCGGCAAUUUCAUGCUUUAACCCCUAAUACUUAAGAAGUUGGUGCUCGAAAAUAAGACUUGGCUCGCCUUAAAAAUCUCAUUACCAGGCCAUACAAUCAUAAAAAAAGGAUUAGAACUGUCAAAAGUGUCAAGUGUCAAAAUGCAGUCUGAAGUCUGAACUUUCCGAGCUGCCAUUCUGAAGGCGAAAUAUUCAACAUUUUACUGAUUACUCUAGUAUUUAUAAAAGAUGGCGACGUUUGAGUAUCAUGGCGUUUCUUUAAUAGAAGAUGUUUUGUAAUCGAUCUGUAUUUUAAUUGUUCAUGAAUUGGAUUAAGUGUUUGUAGAUCUAAGAUAAUUGCAAAUUGUUAAGUUUAAAGUGAUACUUUCAUCUGAUCGUGAAUCUUUGAUGUAUAAAAUUGACGUUGUGGUUUAAUUGAGUGUUACUUUGUAUAAAGAAAACUAAGAAACAGGAACGAAGAGCGUCCGUCGAGAUGUCGUUCCCGCCGCGGCCGCCGCUUGUGCCGUACGGCAUCGCUCCUGGCGUGGUCACCAUGUCAAUGCCUACCCAUGUAAUGGUCGGUGCAUAUGGUACAACAAACACUGGAGGUCGUGGAGCAUUAUUGCCCGCACCGGGAGCUCCACAGGCGGGGAAAGCUGUCAUUGCCAGAGGUCCAACUCGUAACACAAAUGGUGCUAAAGAUGUUGAAGGACCCCCUGUCACUGUGUUUAUUGGAAAUUUAUCAUCUAGAGCCCCUGACACAAUGAUACGUUCAAUGCUCAAUGCGUGCGGGACUGUACUCACAUGGAAGAGAGUCUCCACUUUUGGGUUCUGUGAAUUUGGAGGUCCGGAAGCUGCUCUCCGAUGUGUUCGACUUCUCAAUGAUAGGGAGCUGGGAGACAAGCGCUUGUUGGCUCGUACUGAUGGCAAGAUGCAGGCUCUAGUUGAUUCUUACAAGACGGAGCAGCGGUCCCGGCUGGAGGAGGGCGCGGGGGGCGGCGCGGCGGGCGCGGGGGGCGGGUACCUGGACGCGCGGCAGCGGGCGCUGGACGAGGCGGCGGAGGCGCGCCUGCAGCAGAUCGCGGUGGAGUACCAGGACGACAUCAACAACUAUGACAUCAUACAGAAAGAGGAGGCCAUCUCUAAGACGGCGCGCGUUCUGGAGGAGGCAGACAUCUCGGAGGAGAAACGUGACGUCAUCCACCGCGAGAUUGGCAAGUUCCGCGAGAGCAUGAAGGAGGAGGCCGACGUGAUUGGCAGAAGGAAAAAAGAUCCCAAGGACGAAAAGGACAAGGAAAAAGACAAAGACAGAGAAAGAGAGAGGGAGAAGGAUCGCGAUCGUGAGCGCGACAAGGACAGAGAUAGAGAACGAGACAGAGACAGGGAGAAGGAUCGCCGCAGGAGAAGCGCCUCCAGGAGUAAGGACCGGCGCGAAGACCGCGACAAGGACAGGGAACGAGACGAGCGAGAGAGGGAUAGAGAGCGGGAGAGAGAACGGGAAAGAGAGCGAGAAAGAGAGCUGCGCGAGAGGGACAGAGAACGUGAACAACGAGAAAGGGAACGAGAAAGGGAGCGAGAGAGAGACAGAGAGAGAGAGCGCGAGCGCGAGCGGGAGCGGGAGAGGGAACGAGAACGCGAGCGCGAGCGAGAGCGGGAGCGGGAGCGGGAGAGGUCCCGGUCGCGAGAGCGGGGGCGGAGCGAGGUGGACGCCAGGAGGGACAAGGAGAUGGAGGAGGAAGCGCGGGACAGGAAGAGACUCGACAAGAAGGCCAAGGAGAAGGAGGCCGCCUACCAGGAGAGGUUGCGGAACUGGGAGGGACGAGAGCGGCGCAAAGCUAAAGAUUAUGAGAAAGAAAAAGAGAGGGAGCGAAUUCGCGAGGAGGAGAGGGAGAGAGAGGCCAAACGACUUAAGGAGUUCCUGGAAGAUUAUGACGACGAGAGAGAUGAUCACAAAUAUUACAAAGGCAAGGAGCUGCAGCGGCGGCUGAGCGGGCGCGUGCGCGAGGCAGAGGGCGACUCGCGCGAGCGGCGCCGCGAGCAGGACGAGCUGGACGCGCUCCGGGACCACUACUUCCGCGACCGCCCGCCCGACGACCGCGCCGCCCUCGCCGCCUACGCGCGCGCCCGCCGACAGCACGAGCACAUGUACGCGCCGCCCGCCCCGCCGCCGCGCCCCCGCCCGCCGCCCUCGCCGCGCUCCCCACCGCCGCACUCCCCGCCGCGCUCCCCGCCACGCUCUCCGCCGCACUCGCCGCCGCGCUCGCCUCCGCAAGCGCUCUCCGACGACAGCGACGGCGCGUGCUCGGAGGCGGGCUCCACGCCCCCCCCGCCGGCGGCCCCCCGCGCGCCCUCCUCGCCCCCCGCCGCGCCCCCCGCGCCGCACCGCCACAAGCACCGCCACCGCCCGCACACGCCGCCGUGCCACCUCACGGAGCGCCGGCGCCGCUCGCGGGACCGCACCGACGACAGCAGCGACGGCGGCACCACACCGCCGCGGCCCCCCUCGCCGGCCAGCGGGGGGGCCGCCGGAGGGGACAGGACGCAUAGUGGCGCUUCGGGCUCCAACUCUCCGCUAACGAUAAGCUUCCGAAACCGCCGCAGCCCCAUCAGCGUGGACCGCACGCCCGACGGAGCGGGCGCGGAGGGCCGAGUGCGCCGCCCGCACGCCGCCUUCGCGCAGGACGACGACGACGUGCCGCUCAAAGAGAAAAAAGACAAAGAAAAAGCGGACAAAGAAAAGAAGAAGAACAGUGACGGAGACAAGGAGAACAAGAGCUCCGAGGAGAAACGGAAACACAUCAAGAGUCUCAUCGACAAGAUCCCCACGCAGAAGGAACAACUGUUCCAGUACAAACUGGACGCCUCGCAGAUCGAUAACACGCUCAUGGAGAAGAAGAUACGUCCAUGGAUCAACAAGAAGAUCAUAGAGUACAUCGGCGAGCCGGAGCCCACUCUCGUCGACUUCAUCUGCAGCAAAGUGCUCGCCGGCUCCGCGCCCCAGGGAGUGCUCGACGACGUGCAGAUGGUGCUGGACGAGGAGGCGGAGGUGUUCGUGGUGAAGAUGUGGCGGCUGCUCAUCUACGAGCUGGAGGCCAAGCGCGCCGGCCUGCACAAGUGAGCGACGCACAGACGGACUCUCUGUAAACUAAUGUAUGGUUAUCUUUUGAAAUAAAACUAUUUUUGUACCCGCGUGUUUAUUGUUGCAUUUUAAAGUCGCUGAAUGAACACGAGCAGCCGCGGACGCCGCGUCGAUUAUUAUUAUUAUUACAUGUAAAUAGUAGAUAUUUAAAUUAAAUGUAACGAAUUACAGUGCGUGAGAUCGCAGCCGCCGCGCUCCGAGCUGAUUAUAUAUUUUUGUAUAUGGAUUAUGUACGCAACGAGCAGAGCAGCGACGGUGUGUCAGGAGUGACGUCACGCGCCGACCGACCGCGCGCGCACUAGUGACGUCAUACUACACCAUUACUCCUCUUUGUCAAUUUGUUAGAUUAACAGUUCAGUCAGAAGCAAUAUAUAUAUGUACCCGGCACACGGCUGCGACAUGUAUUUACGUUUGUUGAAUUAUAACUUGUACACGUUCGUUAUGUAAAUAUCUAUAAGGGAGUGAGCGAUUGUGUGAAGUGUGCGUGCGUGCGGGCGCGCACGCACGCACGCACGCACACACGCACGCACGCACGCACACGGGACGACGUUGUAAUGUGUACUGAAUGGUUUUCGAGAAUGUGUGUCUGUGUGUGACAUGUUAUUGUAACGUUAAGUUUAAUAUUAUAUACCUCUUAGAUAAUAAAACUAUUGUGGAAA